UAGAGUCCAUGAUUUUCUUCUUUAGUGAUAAAUAAUAUUAAAUCGAAAAUUCCCAAAUCCUUUCAUCUUCUUCCCAAUCUCUAAAACCCUAGAACUGCUGUUUCCAACUCAGACAGAACCCAAAGUUACUCGAGAAAAUUAAAUUUUACUGUCUUUUUUUUUGUUUGGUUUUGUUGUCUGGAUUUUUUUUGGGUGAAAGAUUCGAUUUUGAAAUCAACACAAUGUCGGGCUCUGGAGGAGUUUCAAUCGCACGCACAGCGAUCCGCGGAGAGAAUCGGUUUUACAAUCCGCCGGCUAUGCGGAGGAUGCAGCAGCAGUUGAGGGAGAAGCAGCAACGAGAAGAAGAAGCAGAAGAAGAAGGGAAGCUUUCGUCUGCUUCUUCGAUGCCGCCGCCUCGUUUGAGGAAAGGUCUGGCUAAGAGCAAGAAUCGGGACCGGGUGGUGGUUUCCGGGUCGGAAGUAUCCGUCUGCUCAUCUGAAUCGUCUGGAUCGGGUCGGGUUGAGAGAGACGGGUCAAACUUGGAUCGGUUCUUGGAGCAUACCACUCCCUUUGUUCGGUUACUUCCCGUGAGGAGCAGGUGUGAAUCAGAGUGCAAUACAUAUUUUGUUCUGGAGGAUCUGUGGGAAUCGUUUGCAGAGUGGAGUGCUUAUGGUGCUAGUGUUCCUCUACAUAUGGAUGGGAGUGACUCCACUGUGCAGUAUUAUGUGCCUUACUUAUCUGGUAUUCAGUUGUAUGUAGUAGACCCAUCAAAGAAAGCCAGAAAUCAAGUUGAAGAUAAUGAUGGAAGUAGUGAAGGAAGCAGCAAUAGUAAGCUUGAUAAGUUACCUAACCAUGCUAAGACUUUGGAGAAUGCGGUGGAUUUGAGUGUUAGUGAACUGAAUAGAGUUUAUCUGGGAGAUCAGUCUGUUACUGGCUCGUUGUCAAGUGGAGAGACUGAGAUCAGCAAUGUUCAUGGAGAGUUGUUGUUUGAGUACUUGGAGUAUGAACCUCCCUUUGGCCGUGAACCUCUGGCUAACAAAGUAUCAGAUCUAGCCUCAAGGUUUCCUGAGCUAAGGACAUACCGGAGCUGUGAUCUUUCUCCAUCAAGUUGGGUCUCUGUGUCAUGGUAUGUCUCUCUUGUGUUUUGAGAUUGUUACUUUUGGAAUAUAUAUGGAUGGGUCUGAAAUGGUGAGCCUUGGUGUGUAGGUAUCCAAUAUACAGAAUACCUGUUGGUCCAACAUUACAAAAUCUCGAUGCCUGCUUUCUAACUUUCCACUCUCUCUCAACACCACCUCCUCAAAGUUCUAUAGGUUGUAGUGAUACUAAGCCGUCCAUAAAGCUACCGUUGCCUACUUUUGGACUCGCAUCUUAUAAGCUAAAAGUAUCCGUAUGGAACCAAAACAGAGCUCAAGAGUCCCAAAAGCUCUCGUCUUUGCAACAAGCUGCAGACAAAUGGCUUAAGCAUCUACAAGUUGAUCAUCCGGACUACAUAUUCUUCACCUCCAACGGCCACAAAUGAGGUGAAAAGCAAAAGAUGUUUUCUUGACCAUCGACUUGGCACUGGUCUGAUCAACAGACCCUAUUAUCUGCUACUCUACUUCACAUAUAGUCUCUCUUACACUGAAGAACCACCAACUAGUGGCUAGACUCUUGCAUGUUUACUCAGACUAUUCAAGAGUUUGCUGUUUCAUUUCCAUGAAUAAGGAUUUGGAGGAGCUCAUAUAGUGAUUUUGUAAUGUUGAGAUGCAACACUUUUUGUGAUACACUUCGGUUGCGGAAC